UCUCUGUGCUCUGCUCACUCCAUCUCACUGGUUCGUGUUGUCUGCAAUCACGGGUAGGUGAUGAAUCCGCGGCUAUUCAAUGCCAAUCUCCUCUUCGCACCACUAUAAGAAGGCCUGCUUGCCGGUAUCCAUUCCCCCGUUCCAAUAGUUCCAUUCUCUCGCCUCUGUUUUCCUUCUUGUGCUUUCUUCUUUGAACAUUGAGUUCUACCUCGGAUCUCAAGUUGUUGUUGCCUUUAGCUUCUGUUAGAUUAUACUCUGCUCAACAUUUGAUCCGGCGGUCUGCGUAACUGUUCCAUCUACUUUGUUGCUUACCCAAUCUCACCAUGGCCUUUCUUGCUUACCACCCUGACAAACUUGGGUUUCUUCUCGUGAUGCUGUGCUGCUUCCUGUCAACGACAUGCUCUGUGAGGGUUCCACCAGCCAACUUCGUCUUCGGGGACUCACUGGUCGAUGUUGGAAACAAUAACUACAUCACCACCUUCUCCAAGGCCAAUUACGUACCCAAUGGCAUUGACUUCCCAGGCCAUGAACCCACCGGCCGCUACACCAAUGGCCGAACGAUCGUUGACAUUCUAGGUCAAGCUCUUGGUCUCAUGGAGUUCACUCCUCCUUUUCUUGCUCCAAGCACCGCAGGAGAUGUGGUGCUCAACGGCGUGAACUAUGCCUCUGGAGGAGCAGGAAUCCUCAACAAGACGGGGAAUCUCUUUGUCGGACGCAUCAACUUGGACGCACAAAUCGACAACUUCGCAAACACGAGGGAAGACAUCGUCGCCCGCCUCGGAUCACCUGCUGCUUCCGCGCUGCUGCGAAGCGCUCUGUUCUCCGUCACCAUCGGCGCCAAUGACUUCAUCAACAAUUACCUCACGCCGCUGCUGUCGGUGCCGGAAAGAGCAGCAGUCCCUCCCGAUGUCUUCGUCGAGGCCAUGAUCGCCAGAUACAGACAUCAGCUUACCAGGCUGUAUCACCUGGACGCCAGGAAGCUCGUCGUGGUCAACGUUGGUCCUAUAGGCUGCACUCCAUACUUGAGGGAAGUCUACCCAUCGGCAACAGGAGACAACUGCGUCGACUUCCCCAACCAGUUAGCUCGACACUACAACGGGAGGUUGAGAGAUCUGGUGGCGGAGCUGAACACCAACCUGGAGGGAGCGGUGCUGGUGUACGCGGACGUCUACCGCAUUGUAACAGAGAUCAUUCGGGAUCAUGGAAUCUAUGGCUUUGAGGUCGCAGAUUCUGCGUGUUGCUUCGUCAACGGGCGAUACGGCGGCCUCACACCGUGCGGCCCUUCGUCGGCGGUCUGCGCCGACAGAUCCAAGUACGUGUUUUGGGAUCCCUACCACCCUUCUGACGCUGCAAAUGUGGUGAUAACAGAACGAUUGCUCGGUGGCGGCUUGGAUGACAUCUCUCCCAUGAAUGUGCGGCAGCUGGUUGAUGCACGAGGCACUGAUCCUCCAUGAAACGAAGCUACUUGUCGCGUCCGGACCUGGAACCGUCUUGGAGAAUGUUAUCGGGUCGGGUUCAUGUAAGAACAAAAUCCAUAUGAUAAUCCAAUAUGGAUCCGGAUCUGAUAAUUUUCGAUCACCGAUUUAGUAUCGUGUUAUAUAUGCACCUUAUGGUUAUGAAACCAUGAUCCGCAUCCAAUUUGAUAAAGCUUUUCUGGAUCCAGAACCGUGUGGAUCCAUGAAAGGUUGGAUCGGAUCUUAGGUUAUCGGAUCCGACACCCGAAGGAUUGGGAAGGAUCAAGGCUUGUUUGCCGGUGCCUUGCACCAUAAGAAUAUCUUACUGGGAAGGAAGGUCUUCUUACCCACAUGAGGAUACAGCUCUUCUGGCCAAUCUGGAUUAAAAAAAGAUCAUUCGUUACGUGUUUGGUGUCGAUGGGGCCUAGUUUAGCUCCGUGCUCUUCGCCAAUUGUUGAGAGGUGUUUGAGAUGGUAUCAUUCGAUGGGUAAGUAAAACUAGAGAGUUUUCAUUAUUAACUUAAAGGCACUCCAAUCAAUUUUUACUUAUACCUUCUCUACACACAUAUGUAGUGGGGCCUACAUUGGUUUCGAGCUUUCUGCCAAUUAUGAAACGGUGUUGUGCAGAGGUAGAGUUUUCCUAUUUACCCAUCGAUGGUCUAGUUGUACCUCUCCUAUAUAUAUACAUAA